AAUAUAUUAACUAAUGCAUUAUUAACAGACAAUGUAUUAUUUGUGGGGAAAUUAUUAUAUUAUUAAUCAUGAUGGUGUUUAUGGAAAGAAAAAAUAUAUACAACGAAACCCUGAACUCGUAUGGUAUACGUCACGUCCACGUCAAUCGCGCGUUUUUAGACCAGUUUGAGAUUGAGGACUGUGUCUACCGAUAGUUUCACUUCAUAUGAAUAUAGUUUGUGUAAUAUUCUACUUUAAUUUAAUUGUAUUAGGUUUAUAAUAUGACGGAGAAAGCGGCCCCGGCUCCGCUGGCCCGCACUGUGUUGCAGCAGUGCCUCCACGCCCGGCUCCAGGUGGCCCCGCCGGGUCCGGAAUCAGAGGCGGAAUGGGUCCAGAUUGACCGGGGAAUGGUGAUCUACGUGUGUUUCUUCAAAGGGGCGACAGAAGACAUGCUGCCUAAAAUGGUGUCCGCCCUGCUGAACCAGCGUCUGUGUGAGAGGGCGCCGGGGGGGCUGGCCUCAGUGCUGGAGCUCCGGGGCAGCGUGUUGGUGGUACCCCAGGCCACGCUGGGCGGGCGGGCCAAGGGCCGGGCCAUGCAGUACCACGGGAACAUCGGCAAGGAGGACGGGCUGCGGCUGUACCAGCGCUUCGUCUCGCUGUGCCAGGCCCAGCUGCAGGCGGCGGGAGGGGCAGCCGGGGGGGCGGGGGCAGAGGGGGAGGGGGCGGGGGCAGAGGUCAAACACGGAACCUACGGGAACCGACAGGUUCUCAAGCUGGACACCAACGGACCCUACACCCACCUGAUGGAGUUCUGA